AUCGAUAUUUAAAACGCUAAUAUUCAGAUAUAGAUUCGCGUGGUAAGGCACUUUACGGAAAAAUAAGAAUGCUAAGAAAACAGGCAAGACAGAGAAGAGAAUUCCUAUAUUCCAAAGCACUGAAUGAACGGAUUCUAAAAAAAAGAAAAGAUUUGGAUGUUAUAAGUGAUCACUUAAAAAGAAACACAUUCCUGAGGUCUUCCAACAUUUUGGAUGGAGUUUCGGUCUAUAAUUCUCUUAAAUAUAGUGGAGAUGUGGAAAAUCAAAACAUAUCUACUAUUGAUGAAUACAAAUAUGCUGGCUGUCAGGAUCCGAAGAUUAUGUUAACUACAUCCCAUGAGCCGUCUUCACGCCUGAAAAUGUUUAUGAAAGAACUUAGACUAAUAUUUCCUAAUGCCCAACAAAUGAACAGAGGAAAAUAUCAACUAAAAACAUUAAUGCAUGCAUGUCGAGCUAAUAAUGUUACAGACUUUAUACUAGUGCAUGAGCAUCGGGGCAUUCCCGAUAGUCUUGUGAUAUGUCAUUUGCCAUUCGGACCAACAGCUUUCUUUAAUAUAACCGACGUUACAAUGCGUCAUGAUAUCCCUAACCUUGGACCUAUGAGUGAACAGAAACCGCAUUUAAUUUUCAGUAAUUUUAAAAGCAAUAUUGGUUUAAGAACUGUACAAAUUUUAAAACAUUUGUUCCCGGUACCAAAAGACAAAUCUGAAAGGAUUAUUUCAUUUAUUAACAAUGAAGAUAAAAUUUCAUUUAGACACCAUCAAUAUAAAUAUGUAAAUAAUGAAAUUGAAUUAACGGAAGUUGGACCCAGAUUUCAAUUAAAGUUGUAUCAGAUUAAGCUUGGAACACUAGAAAAUAUUAAAGCUGUUGAUACUGAAUGGGUUAGUCGUCCGUACUUAAAUACAAGUAUCAAAAAUUUAGUUUUUUCGAAUACAAAUAUAUUUACUAAUAAAAUCAAUGGUUAAUAUACACAAAAAUUAUUUCUUUUUCAACACUAGACCCGGUUUGUUUUAAUAUGUACCUGGCACGUGUGCAUUAUGGUUUUCUGUAACAUUCUUCAAUAAUUCCCCUAAUACCUACGUGCUUAUUCGAUAAUUCAUUAUAGCCGUUAUCUACAAGUGUUUAAAUGUACUAAAAUGAGUUUGGGUUACAAUGAUAUGCCAUUUGCCAUUCGAGCCAAUAGCAUUUGAGGCAAUGCUACAUGUUGUUGCUAAUCUAGGGAUCUGCAGGAGCUGUCCCUUUCUAUAUGUAUUGUAUUUUGCGCAUUAAUAUAUCGGGCCGAUCAAAAUAAAUACAUAAAUAAUU